AUGGUAGUUGAUAGGAUAAUUAGUUUUGAUGGUGAAGUUGAAGAUAUUAGUUUCCCUAUUGUUAAAUUUCCACCUAUUGGAUUGCGUGCUCUUCUGAUUGAAAAGGAUCCUGUAGUUUGGGCUCAUAUAUUGGAGACCUAUGUUGCCCAUUUGGAGUUUAUAAUGCAGGGGAAUAACCUGGAGAGGUUGAGUUCUAGUACUAUGGAUAGUUUGUUGAUCUUUCUUAGAAGUUAUCUUCAUGAAAUGGCUAAUGAUAAAGGAAUUAUUCAAAGUUUAGGUGAGAACAAUGAUGUUACAAAAGAAUUGGAACUAAUCAGAAUAUGGGUAUUUGCAAUGAUUAAGAAAUGUGGUUUGUUACAUUUGCAGAUAUUUGGUGAAACUCUGUGGGAUAUGGUUACUUUUUAUGUUGAAGGCAAUGCUGAUACCAUAAGAAAUCUGAUAGACGGUUCGUUAAAGCCAGAGAUUAACACUCAGCGUGCUCAAAUUAAUAGAAUACAUCAAGUCCAACAAUACAUUAAACAGCUAGUGGAAUCUGGGAAAUUUUCAAGGAUUGAUAUGAAAGCAUUUGAGUGCUUGUUAUCAUCUAAUGGUAAAAAUAGGAAGACCAAAUUUGCAGAUGAAUUUAUGAGUACUACUUGGUGUGAAUCGUUGGAAUCAUGGUGGAAUAAAGGAAAAGGAAGAUCUAGUGAAGUUGCUCAACAGUUAGCAGUUGUAACGCUUUUAACUUCAUCUUCAACUGGGAUUUCAAAAGUUGUAAGAGAAUUAGGUGUUAGUGACAUAGAUACUUUAUCAUUAUAUCCAUUAUUAGGCUCGAUAUUAAUGAGUGAGGCAUAUCAGCAAAAAGUUCCUGAUAUUAAAUCAAAAAUAUACUUCCUAAAUGUUUCUACAAGUAAUGAUAGCGGGAUGUCCACUACUAAUGGAGCCAUUGACGAGGUAAACGAAGAAGACGUGAAUAUGUUAGCAGAAUUAUUUCCUAUAUUUACUCAUUAUCAAUUGAGUGAGCUAUUAGUGAGAUAUGACAAUAAUGUAGAGCUGCUAACCAACAUAUUGUUUGAAAACCCUUCUGUCGCAGAUGAUAUUCCAAAAGCAGCAACUGUAGUAAAGCCUAAACAAGAACCCCAAGAUAAAGCCAAAAUGGAAGAUGUGAUAUACCCACAAGUUAAAAAACGUAAUGAUAAAUCUUUCCCAAAACAUGUACCUGAUGAAGUCAAGAACAAAACAUUGACAAGAGCUUUACAAUUGCUGUAUGAAGAUGACGAAGAUGAAGUCGACGAUACAUAUGAGGAAGCGGAAGUUGAAAGGUCAGCAGUUCAUGGCAAAGUAUCAAUUGAUGACUCAAAUGAGAAGACUGAGAGCUCCGUCCACGAUAAAAUCGAAGGAUAUCUAUGGAACCUUUUGAAAGAAGAUCCUACGUUAUUUGAAAGAUCGAAACGUAAAAGUAAAGUAAGGAAAGAUAUGAAAGGGGCCACGUCGUGGUCAGAUGAACAAAUCGAAGGUUGGGCGCGUAUGAUCGAGAAAUCGCCUAAACGUGCAAUGAUCCUAGAAGAAAAGUUCAUGUUCAGAGGAAAUAAGAAAAGUGGUAAAACCUCCUUUGUUCAGAAUCGAGAUCAUAACAGGGAGGAUUCCAACGAAAAAGGAACAACUCGAAAUACAUCAGGAACUCAAAAGAAGAAGAAUAAACAACAGCAACAGCAACAGCAACAGCAACAAAAACCAGAGUCUUCUUCAAAAUCAAACGACAGUACUGGUAAAAAGAAGAAAUACGCAAACAAUGAAAAACACAAGAGCUCUAGUGCUAAUCACAAUAGGAAAAAGGGACAUGAUAAAAAACUAUCUAAAGUAGGUAUUUGA